CAUUCAUCCUUCGAACACACUUACUUUGUAGAGCUGUCGUAUCACGGCGUUUUCGGUCUUUUAGUUACUAAUAUUUAGUUUUUCAUUUAUAUGAUUUUAGUUUAACUCACAACACACACAAAUGUGAAUCACACUUUGCAUCAGCCUGCGUGUUGCCUGAUGUUUUGAAUGCGCAUAAACAACCUGCCAACGUUGUCGAAGAAGGGGAUUUACAGUGUAUCUGUUUAUUACAACAGAGUCAUAGUUUUGCAUGGCAUAUACUGUAGACGUCAGCAAGACGGAUCCCUUUGGAAAUGUACUCCAUAGUGGAGAUCAAAGGUGUAAAGUGUGGAUAUCGCUGUGGCUACUGUGGAAAUGUAGGAGGUAAAGCUUCAUACGGCAUGUGGUCCCACACUAUGACAGUCCAGGACUACCAAGAUCUCAUCGACAGAGGCUGGAGAAGAAGUGGCAAAUAUGUUUACAAGCCUAUUAUGAAUAAGACAUGCUGCCCACAGUACACCAUCAGGUGCCAUGCUUUGAACUUCCAUCCAUCGAAGACUCACAAAAAGACCUUGAAGAAGGUGAACAGGUUCCUCUCCAAAGGAGAGAUGCCAGUAGAGAAGCAAGAUGAGGGACAUGAAGGAGAGCCCAUGGACUCUGUGCAUGAAGAAGGUAUUCAACCACCUUCUCAAGAACCUCUGAAAAUAGACCACAGUGAAGUACAGGACAUCACCACCAGCUCAGACACAGACACCACCAACUCAACUGCACCAACAACGCCCAGAGAAGACGCAGCGCCCGUCCCAGCAGAGAAAACCCCCAGUGCUACCCCUAAACCAGGUAAGGGAGCUGAUCCCAACAGGCCUCAGUGUCGGAAAGCUAAGGACAUCAGGAAAGAGAGACGACUUCAAAAGGAGCAACAGAAGCAGCAAGAAGCAGUGUCUUCCUCUGUUAAUCCCGCCCCAAAAUCUUCACCUAAUCAACCCAAAUCAUUGGAGGAAUUCAUUACAGAGUCCUUACCCAACGACCCUCUGCACCGUUUAGAGGUGAGGCUAGUGCCGGUCAGCUUUGAGGACCCGGACUUCCUGGAAUCGUACGUGCAGUCGGCGGCACUGUACGCUCGCUACCAGAUGACCAUUCAUGGCGACGCUCCGAGCGAGUGCGGGGAGAGCCAGUUCAAGAGGUUCCUCUGUGACUCUCCUUUAGAGGCUGAGAUGGCUCCUGAUGGUCCUGAUGUGGGCUAUGGCUCUUUCCAUCAGCAGUAUUGGUUGGAUGGCAGAAUAGUAGCUGUAGGAGUUCUGGACAUCCUACCUUCCUGUGUGUCUUCUGUGUACCUCUACUACCACCCCGACUUCUCUUCGCUCUCAUUGGGCACCUACUCUGCUCUCAGGGAGAUUGCCUUCACCAGGCAGUUGCAGCAGCAGUCGCCCAAACUCGCCUACUACUAUCUGGGUUUCUACGUCCAUUCGUGUCCCAAGAUGCGCUAUAAGGGUCAGUACCGGCCUUCAGACCUUCUGUGCCCUGAAACGUACACUUGGGUGCCCAUCGAGAGAUGCAUCCCCCGCCUUGACAUCUCUGCUUACUCUCGUCUCAAUGAAAACGCCCAAACAGGUGAUGCUCGUGCGUUGAAGGAACUGGGCAGGGCGUUAGUGCUCCACAGGAGAACAGUGAUGCCCUAUGCAGCCUACGCCCGUAAGCGGAAGGGAUCGAACGACGAGAAGGAAGUGGAGCAGUACGCCAGUCUGGUGGGCCAGACAUGUGCAGAGAGAAUCCUGCUCUACAGAGCCUAGAUUCCCUUUAUACCUUACACCCGUCUGUCUAUCUCACUUUCUCUGUCUGUCUUUCAGAACAUGUAAUUGUUUGUCCUCUUAUACACUUGACUGUUUAUUGUCUUCCUGAUUAUUUGCCUGCUUUUCAUCUUAAUUUUUUUUUGACUUUUUCCUUUUCCAGAAGUCUUUUCCCCAUCUGUGUGUACAGUUUUGUUCUUUUUUUGUACUGCUGUGCUUUCCUCUACUCACCCAGUCUUUCGUAAUCUCUUUGAACUCUACUUUUAUAUUUUCUGGCAAGCAGCGCUUUGUAAUAAUCACACUCGCACACAUGCAACACGCACAUGUUAUCUCACAUUGUAUCCCAAAAUAUUACCCAUUUACAACUCACCAAUCACAUCUAAACUAGCCGUAUAACAAGGAAUGAUGUGCGACAGGGCAAACCCUUACUCUGAAUUUAUUUGGCUGGGUAUUUCUAGACCGUCAUGAUCCUGAAACGCUUGGUGACAGAUCACUGCUUUCCCAAAGUCUUCAAUGUUCCUGAUAUUUAUAUUCGUGACUGAUAUUAUCCAAAGCAGGUGCUAUGACACAAUGCAAGUCAUACAAUGAAAGACUUGUUACUGGCUUUGCUGGAGGGUUGAAUCGGUCCAUUUUCCUGUGGAACAGAUUUUUCUUUUCUCACUUUGUCUUUUGGUUGAAGUAAUAGCUUGAGUGCUUUUAUUUUAAUAAUAUUGUUUUGUUUCAAACAAAAUAAAAAAAAGACAUAA